AAUGGAUUCAAAAGACGUUAUUCAGCUUUCUAAGGCCAUCAAAUCGUUAACAGAACAAAAUUCUCUCGAAAGAGUAGUUUUAAAGGACAGUGAAAUAUCUUUGUCGGUUGAACGAUGGGCCGAUUCUUCAGGCCCUUUGGGAGAAAUCGCCGGCAGCUUGAAUCCAACCGACAUUGUAAUCAUCGCAUGGAAACACAACCCAAACCUGUCUACAACAACAACUUCGCUGUCAGAUGAAGUCCUAAACAGCACCGAGAUUCCAAGGGACAGGAGAAAACCCAGCGAGAGUGAAUAUUGUGAUAGCGUACUAGAAGGCUCGCCUCUUAAGCUUGUUACUAUUGCUGACUUGUCAGCAAUAGGCGGAGCGACAGCCGUCCCAAAGUCUGGUCUGCCAGCCGUCAGGAGGAAAAGGUACGAAGCGUUGCCAGUCAAUAUUGCCCAGUACUUGUUGUCCGUAUACAUAACCGUUCAACUGAAGCAGACCAAUGGGGAAUAUUUAAAGCCACUCUGGGUGCUGUGUGAUGGUAAGAAGCCAGGCCAAAUUGUGUGUUUGUCCGUGUGUCAUACUGCUUUGCCUGAGGGCAAAUCAAACACUACCCUGUCAUACACGCAGAGAACAACUGAAGUCAUCAUGACUGGCCCACACCCGAAGUCCUUUUACACAAAUAGCCUCUUGCAAAACAAAAUGGCGAAAACAAGAUUUAUUUCGUGUCAAGCGGAAUAUGAUGUCAUCGGGUCUCUGUCCAAGGAAAACCCAAUGGCUGGUUUGCAAGGAUCAGUAAAGCUGGAAGUUGAAUGGAAUGGUUACCAGCAGUUGCUGCAGUGUCCACCAGCCGAUGCACAUGUGACUGCUAAAGUUCAAGUGGCACGUGGGGAUACAAAGAGUGGUGGUUACAUGCUGUACACUGAACUGGAAUUGGUGAGACGGCUGAUCGAGUCCUUGACCUCCGGUGAGAUAUGUUGGGCUGUGCAAGAAAGCUCACGGCCACUUAUUGAUGAGCUGAAAGCAGUGCUGGGAAACUUAGCAGCUGGUGAUGCUAAACGUCUGACCUUCAUAUCAGAGACAUGCGACACAACAGUAAUGCAGGGCAUUGAGGAAUCUUUAGAGCUGGAGGAGAGAGAAGAUCAAGACUUCACAGACUACAUGUGGAUCUUGUUGAAAAAGUGCUCCUCGUUCGCAGAGCUAGUUGAUUGUUUGGAGCUUAUUUUCAGUCAAGUUAAAUCUGGAAAACUACAGCCAAUGGUGAACAGAAAUAACAAGACAGGCAUGGCCCAGCUAAUGAGGAAUUCUUACACUGGUGGUGCCUGCUUCUUCCCACCUCUUUCCCCGGGCAUGCUACCGAUCGAACUACUGACUGAGAUGGGCCUUGAAAAACUUACCAUGGAUUAUGUCAAUGCUUUCUUAGCCAAGAACCUAACAACCCCCAUACACCUAGAGUACUUCGUGGACAGAGACCUUAAGUUGACAGAGAAACUUGAACGCCUGGAGAAACUGCACUGUGUUUUGGAACUGAUGAUAAUUCUAAAAACGUUCCUGCACACUCCACAAGCCACACUGAGUGCAUGCGCCUGUCAGACCCUGCAGUACUUUGAGACCAACAGAUUGGACUGGGAGAAAGUUUUCAGCGUGCCUGUUCCAACACAGUCUGUUGCAAAGAUGCUGGAGAAUGCUCCUCCCAAUAUUUGGCAGUGCCGUGAAAUGAGAAAUAGUGGCGGAAUAAAUGAAGUCAAGAUCAAACGCUUGUCAACAGAAAUGCCAUUCCAACACUUAGACCAUCCCAAACAUAGCUGUAUGUUUGACAGCAGUCAGCUGGAUACCAGUGCUACUCCAAGUGAGGACUUGGAAUACUUCCAGGUAGCAAUUGAGGACAGUGUUAUCCUACUAUAGUGGGAUUUCCUUCUAUUGAAUUUUUCCAUUAGUAAUAAAUAUUGGAAUAGUUUGUCUCUGGGAAAACUCUUACAAAUAGUGAAAUUUGACCUGUGUAAAGAAUUCAUCAUCUGACACUUUUCAUGUACAUGUAUAAUGGUCUUUUGGAGUAUAUGUAACCCUCUGUCAGGAUUAUUAUCAGGCCAAGCUUUAAACCAGUGCUUCUUGAAUGUUCAUCAAUAUUAUGUAAGCAUGAAUUUUGUUAAUCUUUUCAAGUUUAACAAAAUAAAUCAUUUCUAUUCCAUAACUUCCCAUUAUAUGGGUCGAAAUAUAAUUAUUUCUGUGAUUACUUAGAUGCAUUAAA